AAGGCCACCACAUUUCACCAAUAGAAGGAAAAGGAAAUAACGAAAAACACUCUCGAGAUCCGCAGCCGAUCUCGCGGACGUCGCCGACGAACUUCGGCUCCUCCAUUUAUUCUUCGUCUAGUUCGUCACCUCGCAUAAUAUCCACCGCUAAACUUCAAGCUUUAUCGAUAAAGUUUAAUGGCCGGAGGCGCAUCUUCCUACGUUGGAGUAAACCCUAACGCCGUGCGAUUGCUGCUUGCAGUGAUGGCGCUGGGCCUGGGGGCUUAUAUCGUGGGACCGCCGCUCUACUGGCACGUCGUGGAAGCUCUGGGACGAGCUUCCUCCUACUCUUCCUGCUCUCCUUGCAACUGCGACUGCUCCUCUCAGCCCCUCCUUGCUUUUCCGGAAGAAUUGAUCAACUUUACGCUCACAGAUUGUGCAAAGCGGGACCCAGAUGUGAAUGAGGUAAUGGAAAAGGAUUUUACAGACCUUCUUGCAGAGGAACUGAAGCUGAAGGAGGCUUUGGCCAUUGAUGCUCAGCAGCGUGCUGAUGUAGCUUUACUCGAAGCUAAGAAAUUGGCAUCUCAAUAUCAAAAAGAAGCUGACAAAUGCAAUUCAGGGAUGGAUACCUGCGAGGAAGCGAGGGAAAGAGCCGAGUUUAUGCUAUCAGAACAAAAGAAAUUGACUGCAAUAUGGGAGAUGAGGGCACGACAAAGAGGAUGGAAACCAAAAAUACGUUCUUGAAGAAGGUAAUGGUAGAUGCCAUAAUACUUAAUAUUAUUCUCGGUUUAUCACACGAUCUUGAUUUGAAGCAAUUAGUCAGUUAUAUCCAAGUUUACUCCUCGAAGAGGAUGCUACAGACUAAGGGUUAUUAGGCAUUAUUUGAUGGAGAAGUAUUGCAUCAUCCAUUUCAUAGUUAUGUUGAAAUAGAAAUUAAAUUUU